AUGGUACUUUCAGCGACAAAAUCAACCACAAAAAUACAGUCAUUGUCUUCUCUUGCGAUCCCUGUGGACUUCUCGGAUGCUCUGUGGCCUGCGGAUCUCUCGUCUAGUGACUCGCCGCUUUAUUUUCAACCCACGACACUCGCAUCCAAGUUCGCGAUGAACAACGCGUCUCAAACACCUAUACGUGAAACUACGUUUCUCAGCAAGGCAUUUUCGGGCGCCAUGCAUCCAACCCGCAUUAUUCCGUUCUACUAUCGUGCAACAGGCUAUGCCGACGAGUCAGAUGUCACCAUCACCACGCUUGUCACGGCAAACCGUUUCAAAGUUUUUAGGCAGCUUGUUGAACGAUAUCAAGGGCCAAUCUCGGUGACAAUCCAUAUCCCCUUCCCUGCGCAGGCAUCACUAGCUUCUCUGCCCUUAACUCACCCGUCUGUUGUUGCGCUGCAGCGUCUACAUACCCUCUACACAUCCUCGUCACAAUUCUCGACAUAUGUCGACGUCCAUCUCGCUCUUUCUCCUUUCGCAGCGUCCGCACAUCCCGAUAGAGGCCAUGAUGGUGAAGGCGGAGAUGACGGAGAGGGCGAAGGCGAAGGCGAAGGUGGCCGACAGUUCAACGUCUGGCGCAAUGUGGCGCGGCUCUUCGCGCGUACAGAAUUCGUCAUGAUGCUGGAUGUCGAUUUCGCUGUGUGUACGGACUGGCGUGGCGCUGUGCGUGAUGCCAUCCGUCGUACGGAGGCGACGUAUGUCAUGGGCCCCCGCGGUGAUCACGCUGAGGAUAGCAAGCAGAUUGAUCUUGGCAGCGCAGAGCUCGUGCGCAGAUUACGAGAAGGCCAUGCUGCGCUGGUCGUCCCUGCGUUUGAAUAUAUGAAGCAAGAGGACGGUGUGAACCAGAUAAAUUUUCCUACCAAUAAAGAAGAGCUUCUGCAUCUGACACGCGCGUCUCCGCCAGUUCUCACAUUGUUCCACGCGGCUUGGACACCGGGGCAUAACAGCACGGACUAUGCACGCUACUAUUCUAUACCGCCUGGGAGCGGAGAAGUGUACAAGGUGACGCAGUAUCAGAGCGCGUACGAGCCUUAUGUGAUUAUCAGCAAGCGGGUCACUUGGUGUGACGAGCGCUUCACUGGAUAUGGUGCGAACAAGGCAGCGUGCCUGUUUGAGAUGUACCUUGGUGGCGUGUCGUUUUAUGUACUUGCAGAUCAUUUUCUGAUACACCAGAGCCAUACCUAUGAGGAAGAGGCGAGAAGAGAGGAGUUGAUCCCUCUCUCAGCCUUGCGGACGUCGACAUACUAUAUCCCCGCACACGCCCAUAAUCCCAAUACAUCUCUCGCACCACACCCACUCCUUAUCUAUCACGGUGUGUUCCGACAUACUCCUUCCAUUUCAGCCUCCAAAAUCGAAUCGCACCUCACCGAUAUCGGUGUUGUGGUGCCGCACUGGCGUUACACGAUGUAUCGUCAAUCGCACUUCCAUUCGACGACGCACGAGCUGCUUGCCAUCGCGUCUGGUCGCGCUCGCCUUCUCUUUGGUGGAGAAGGUAACCCGGAUGGUAUGAAGCUGGAAGUACAGAAGGGAGAUGUGAUGCUCCUCCCCGCGGGCGUUGCCCAUCGCCUCUUAGAAGAUCUCGGGGGAGAGGGCGGGGCAUUCCAGAUGGUAGGGUGCUAUCCAGUCGGGGCAAAGCAGUGGGACAUGUGUUAUGGAGACGGUCGUUCCGGAGAGAAUGAUAAGGAGAUCAGGCGCAGAAUCAUCAGCUUGCCGUGGUUCGAUCGUGACCCUGUGUAUGGAGACGAAGGUCCAGCUAUUCAUAUCUAG